CAAUACAUAUGUUGACUAAAUUGCUCUUAAAAGCAAGACAAGCUUCCUUUUGUGUUUACAUCAAGAAUUCUGUCAACUAUCAUGUAGCCAAUAGCUAAGAUCCUAAUAGCAAAUUCGCGAAUCCUUAGUUCAAUUCAAGCAUUCUUGAUUUCGAUAAGGAUUAAGAGAAUAACGUGUAAAUGCAUUAUUACUAAGGUAAAUUCAUGCCUGAUGAAUUGGAUUGGACUGAUGUUUGGGAAACUGCAUAUUAGAAUUUUACUUAACCAGAAUAUUUAUAUCACUUUUGGUUUUGUGGUGUAUUGUAUUGUUUUGAACCUGAAUGGACAAUUAAUUAUCCUUAUGAAAAAGGACCACUCUCACCUCUUUUUAGAGGAGAACAUGCCUUAAGAAGAUAUCCAACAGGAGAAGAAAGAUGUAUUGCUUGCAAAUUGUGUUAAAGUGCUUGUCCAGCCAGAGCAAUUACAAUAGAAACGGAGCCUAGGCCAGAUAAUUCCAGACGUACAGUACGUUAUGAUAUUGAUAUGACUAAAUGUAUUUAUUGUGGAUUUUGUUAGGAAGCUUGUCCUGUCGAUGCAAUCGUUGAAGGACCUAAUUACGAAUACACAACUUAUCAACAUGAGGAUUUAUUUUAUGAUAAGUUUAAGCUUCUUGAAAAUGGUGAUAAAUGGGAACCUUAAAUUGCUAGAAAUAUUGAAUAUUUAAUAACAAGAAAAUAUUGAUUUAUUAUUUUCAAAUAUAAAGAAAAUUAUAUUGAAUAAGAUCAUAUUU